UUUCUCUCUUAAUUCUUCCUUCCUUGCUUUCUUUUCUCAUAAAUUUUUCUCUCUUAGUUUGUCUAUAUAUACAUAUAUGAAUCUUCCACUAGAUUUAUCAAUAGUAUUGUUCAUAGUAACUACAAUUUAUUAUUGAUUAAUUCUUUAUAGGCUCUAUUUUUCUAUCAGAAUUUUUGCCAUGGAAGGGUUAACUCCAAGUUCAUGCACUAGGGCUGAAAUAUUAGAGAAGAAAACAAAAACAGAAGAAGCAUUGAAAUUGAAUUGUCCAAGGUGCAAAUCAACAAACACAAAGUUCUGUUAUUACAACAACUAUAGUCUCACACAACCAAGAUACUUCUGCAAAACUUGCAAAAGGUAUUGGACACAAGGUGGCUCACUCAGAAACAUCCCUGUUGGAGGUAGUUCAAGGAAGAACAACAAACUCAUAGCAUCAUCAUCAGCUAUUUCUUCAUAUAACAUGAUUAAAGGCCAUGAUCUUAGUUUGGAUUCUAAUUGUAUUCCUAAUUCAUUGAUUAUGAUGUCAAGUUCAAGCUCAAAUGGACAAUACCAUCCAUGGUUUUCCAUGCAACCAAAUCAUGGAGAGAUGAAGCAAGUUUGUAAUACAAAUGAUCAUGUUGAUCAAGUGGAACAUAAUGAAGAACAAGAAAAUUCAGCAAGGUAUGAUUGGAAUGGAGUCAUAGGUGAAGGGUCAUCAUGGUAAAUAUGUUUGUUUUUAAAGAUUUGGUUCAAGUGACUUUUGAUGAAUAAGUAAGGACUCAGAUAUUCAAAGAUUGUAUAUUUAUAUAUUAAUUGGUUAAGUGCUUUGUGCACUAUAUUUCCUAUUAAUAUUUCUAUGAACCAAUCUUGCAUAUUAAAUUCAAUCAUAUUUUUUGCCAGUUGAGAUAGAAUUUGUAGACAAAACAUUAUUAGAAGAAUAUUAGGAGAUACAUUUUUUUUGGAAUAUAUUGGCAAAAUUGAACAACAAAAAUAGAAACAAAAAUAAAGUGUAUUUGAAGUUUGAGCAAUAAAUUACCAUAUAACAAAAAUUAGGCAAAUCUUGAAAAUUGGACUACCUGCCCUAACCAAAAACAACAUGAUCACCCACUUAGAACUUAUUUUAAUUUUAAUUAAUUAAUCAAAGACUUGAGGCUAGAAUUACAACAACUCCUAUCAGAAAGAAAAAUGCAUUAUUUUAGAGGGACCCUCAAAUAUUCUCUUAAGUCAAAUAGAAAUCAUUUCUUCACCCCAAUGUCAAUGCAAGACAAUUAGUUAACUAAUGUGUUUAUUUUUUUUAUCAUGAUCUUGUAUUUUUCAAUUCUGGAAAGUGUAUUUGGCAGAGAAUACACCUUUUUCUUACCAUUUUUUUCUUCUUGGGGUGCACCAAUAUCUUUGAAAAUCAUUUUGUUCUUUCUACAUUGCUAACAAAUUUUGAAUCGUCUACGAGUUUAAUUACCCUGUAAAGAAGGGGUCCAUCCUCUAAGUUCGAUCAUUCAAUUCGACUAUUCUUAUGUCUUACUAUGAUAUCAUAAUGUCUUUACAAGUACAUCUUCAUUGGAGGAUAAGCAUAUGAGAAGAUGCACAUGUCAUCAACAUCAAAGCUCAUCUAUCACAACAUCGACAUUUAUGACCCAU